AUGCAGAUAGUUUUCAAGGCGCAAAAGGCUCCAAAUGAAGAAUACGAAGAAUAUCUUAGCCACCUGUUUGGUGAUAAGUGCACUGGCAACCGCAACGAGAUGGCCCAGCUGCCUGAAGGCAUUACAGAACUGCUAGAACAUGAGAAGCUUCCUGUUCCACUGCUCAAGUGUCAUAAUGUGAUUGUGCUCACUGCAACAAAUGUUGAUGAGUUAGACCGACAAUGGGAUGCUUUGAUUGAUUUAAGGUCUACUAAUCUGCUAGCACCAACAGGACCGUUUGUAUCGAAGCAUUUAGAACCGUCACUCUUAGAUUUAGAAGUUGCUCAGCCUCUAUCCAAGAUUGCUAUUGAAUUUCCUGAUAUCUACACUGGUACAAACUACAUAUACGUUUUUAUCAAGUUAUGAUAGUUGACCUUUAUCUUUAGUCUUCCUAACUUUUUGU